UGAACUGUAGACUUGUGUGUUUUUUUCUCCAUUUUUUCUUUCCUUGUAAUUUGCCAUCGAAGAAGCGUUGUCGCUUGUCGCUUUUGAUUAACAAUAAUCAUCAUUUAUCCGUUGCAUCUCAACAAAUAAUAUCAAAAUGUUGAUGCCAAAAAAGAAUCGUGUUGCUAUCUAUGAAUACCUCUUCAAGGAAGGUGUCAUGGUAGCCAAGAAAGACUUCCACGCACCAAAGCAUCCUGAAUUGGAAGCAAUUCCAAAUCUCCAAGUCAUCAAGGCUAUGCAGUCUUUGAAAUCCAAAGGAUUCGUCAAGGAACAAUUUGCAUGGAGACAUUAUUACUGGUACCUCACAAAUGAAGGUAUCGAAUACUUACGUGGUUUCCUUCAUCUUCCACCUGAAAUUGUUCCAUCAACAUUGAAACGUCAACCAAGACCAGAAACUGCUCGUCCAAGACCAGCAGCAACAAAAUCAGACUCAUCAAGACCAACUGAAGAUAGAGCUGGAUACAGACGUGGACCAGGUGGUCCACCAGCACCUGGUGAUAAGAAAGCAGACAUUGGUCCAGGUACUGGUGAUCUUGAAUUCCGUGGUGGUUUUGGACGUGGUAAAGCACCACAAUAGAUUUGUACGAUGGCAAAAAAUUUAUUAAAAUAAAAAAAAAAUUAAAUAAAAAAAUAAAUUAAAAAUUUUGUUUUUCAUUAUUUUUCAAUAAUUAAUUGAAAUAAAUAUUUAUGUCUCUCUUCAAA